GAAGGGGAAUGAGCUGAGACGCCGAGGGGACGGAGAAGGGGACGGAGCUUAGGCGCUGAGGGGACGGAGAAGGGGAAGGAGCGAGGCGCUGAGGGGAUGGAGAAGUGGACGGGGCUGAGGCGGCGGCGCUGCCGCUCUGCGCUUCCCGGCCUGCGUUUCCCGCCGCUGCCGCUGCAUGCCGCCCUCCGCCGGCGCGCGCCGGCCUGCCGCGCACCCCCAGCCCGCCAGGGGGCGCUGCUCCCUCCCGCCUCCCCUCCGAGCCGCGGAGAGGCUGCCGGGAGCCGCCAUUUUCUCGGCGUGUGCCGGCCUUGGAGCGGACUCCGCAGACGGUGCCGGCAAAGAGAGGGACGCAGCGCGGAAAUCUGAAGGGAGAGCCCUAUUUACAAAGAGAUGACGUGUAAUGGCCCAGAUAACUCGGAAGCUUGUGCCUCUCCAGACACUGACCAUGACCAGGAAUGGGCACAGGAACACUACCGACUAGGAACUUUUGUUGAAUUUCCACUUGACUGUCCGGUUUCAGCAUUAGCACUAGCACGAGCUGGUUUUGUUUAUACUGGAGAGGGUGACAAAGUGAAGUGCUUCAGUUGCCAUAAAACUAUUGAAGGAUGGGCACUGGGGGAUUCUGCAGUUGAGAGACACAAAAACCUUUCCCCAAACUGCAAAUUUAUUACUGAAUCUACUUUUCUGGAAAAUAAGAGACAUCCUGACGCCCAGAACUACCAGCAUAGAACUGAAAAUGGUUCCAGCAAUUCAGCCCUCCCAUGUGCCCUGGAUGACCCAUCUGAUCUGGAGGCAGAUUAUCUUUUGAGAACUAGGCAGGUUGUGGAUAUGUCAGAUAAUUUGUAUCCUAAAAACCCUGCUAUGUGCAGUGAAGAAGCAAGAUUGAAGUCUUUUCACAAGUGGCCCCUCAAUGUCCAGUUGACACCAAAGGAAUUAGCUAAUGCUGGAUUCUAUUAUACGGGUGUUGGUGAUCAAGUGGCAUGUUUUUGUUGUGGUGGAAAACUGAAACAGUGGGAACCCAGUGACAGAGCUUGGUCAGAACAUAAGAGGCAUUUUCCCAAAUGCUUUUUCAUCCUGGGCCGGGAUGUUGGAAAUGUUCCAAGUGAAUCUGUUUCCGCUGAGCUUGGGAGAAGUGGUCUGAACAGCGCACAGUAUCCAAGGAAUCCAUCUAUGGCAGAAUAUGGAAGACGUUUACAAACAUUUUUAACUUGGAUCUAUCCUGUUGACAAGGAGCAACUUGCUGAAGCUGGGUUCUAUAGCAUAGGUAAUGGUGAUCAUGUUGUGUGUUUCCACUGUGGUGGAGGAUUGCAAGAAUGGAAGGAAAAUGAAGACCCGUGGGAUCAACAUGCCAAAUGGUUUCCUGGGUGCAGAUUUGUGAGAAAGGAAAAGGGGAUAGAAUUUAUAAAUAACGUUCACUUAAGAGGUGGAUGUAGUGAUCCAACAACAGAAGCUGCUGAAGGGACAAUACUUCCUGAAGAUGAUCUCUUGCAGAAUCCUUUGGUACAAAGUGCCAUAGACAUGGGUUUCAGUUUGUCUGAGAUUAGGAACACCAUGGAAAAGAGAUUGCAGAUGUCUGGAGAAAGUCACACAUCUGUUGAGGAUCUGGUAGCAGACUUAAGUGCUCAGAAAGAAAAUACAAGGGAAGAAGAACCAAAUGAAAUCCCAGUUGAGCAAGAUGAGCUUAUUCAAUUACGAAACCUCUAUCUCAGUACUGAAGAGAAGUUAAGACGCUUGCAGGAAGAAAAGCUUUGUAAAAUCUGUAUGGCGAAAGACAUAUCAGUCGUCCUCAUUCCCUGUGGUCACCUAGUUGCCUGUAAGGGAUGUGCUGAAGCACUUCAUGAAUGCCCCCUGUGUCGUGCAAAUAUUAUGAAAAGACAGGAAAUUUUCAUGUAUUAGUGAAAUGUACAGCACUAUGAAUGCAAACGUUCACUUUUUUAUUGCUUUAAAUACAUGUAAUGUAAUGUAAAAAAUGUCGUUAAUUCCAGGAUGUAAUCAUAUGGCAGUAUUUAUAUUUUUCUGCUGUUAAACUUUACAUACAUUUUAACAUCUUAAAAAUUAUUUUCCUUAAGUGAAUUUUUUGUAUGUAAAAACCAAUAUUGAAAGGCAAUUAUAUAUAUUCUGUAACUGCAGCUCAUAGACCUGAUUUGGGAAGGUCUAAGUAAUGCAAAGCUUUAUUUAUAGAUCAUUCCUUUGCUUCACUUUGGUAGGACUCUCUGUGACUGAAGUUUGUGCAAAUACAGUUGCAUAAAGAGUCUGGACCGAUGAUAAAAUUUGUAAAUAAGUGAAUUAAAAAAAUUAUUGUAUACAUGUAUAGUAUAUCUGAGAUUUUUAGCUUCUCAAGCACGUUGUGUAAGAUUGGAAAUGCUAUCUUAUUUCUGUAACUUUGGUUGUGACGUAAUUCAGAUAAUACACGUAAACCUGCUGCUACAAUAUUUCACUUUAGGUUUGCUACUGCGACUUCCUAAGUGUCUGUUUUGAUAUAUAAUUCCUGUCUCCCCAUUUAUUUUUUUCUCUGGGUUAGAUGUAUAAAUUGACUUCAGUAAACUGGUUUUAGGCAUCCAUUUUUCACAAAAAUACCUCUGUGUAUAAAAUGCACAUUUAUUUCAUUAUUUCAUAUUAAGAGAGAACUAAACAGAAAUGAAGGAGACUUUACAUACCUUGUGCCCUUCAUGAAAGGAGCGAUCUCACUUUAAAUUGCCCCCUAUACAAAAAUUUGUUCAUUGUUCAAUUUUUUUUUCCUUAUUUUUUUUAACACUUAGCAUUACCAUAACUCAUUUAGGUGCUAAUACUUUGCAGUGCUUCUGUCUGUUUCCAUUGUUUCGUAAGAAACGAUUAAACUCUAUCUCCAUCAAAAUGCGUUUGGUUUUUUUUUUUUAAUUCACCAGUAAUGUUAGAAAUCUUUCAUUUUUGUUCUUGUCAGUUUGCAGCAUUUAAAUUAAAAAGUUGAUAUAUCUUCUAGUGAGAGUCACCUUAAAAUGCUUAAUAAACUAUUUCUUACUGGACUGAUGCUCAGUUUUCCAAUUAAAAAAGUAUCAUAGCUUUGCAUUUAAAUUCAGAUGGUUUACGAUCGCUCUACUUCAUGUGACUUCCUUAUUUUGUGAAGCUGCUAUUUUAUUUUGUGUAUAUAUUUUUAUCUUUGAGUCCUACACACUAAUAGAUUUAGAAUAUAGAAUAUAUGGAGUAUAAUUUUUCACGUAAUAAAAGUUUUAAAUCCAAUACACAGACAUUUAACGUAUACUUUUUCUAUUUUUUUAAAUAUAUGCCGUGAUUAUAUGCUGGUGUAAUGUUAUGAGUAUUUAAAAUAAAGUGCAACCCAGUUGCUCCUUGAUCAGCGUACUUGAUUCUUACAUGCAAAAACAAAAAUCAUAACGGAAGGUUGCUUUCUGUUGCUUUUUUGUUUUGUAAACCAACUGUUAUUAAUUUAACCUGAAUGUUAUUAAGUAUAACAAAUAUAUUUAAUCGGAA